UGUGUCUAACGACAGUUGACGUGUUUGCUGUGUCUCUCUUGACACGUGUGAUGGCUUAUUUGCUGACAUGUUUUAAACUUGUAAUUUAGGGAUUGACAUGUUGAAAUUGCUUUUUAAAAGAGAGUUAGGGUUCGUGGUGUUUUUGAAGAGGAGGGUAUCAUUUCAGCUGGACCGCAGAAGGUUGGAUAUCAUCUUCAACAUUGGUGUAGUUUGGCAUGGAAAUGAAAGAUGAUAGAGGAGGUACUGGUUGCACACGAAGGAGCAUAGUUUCUGGAAUGUCACAAACAUCUGGAUCCUCCUCUCACUUAGCUUCAAGAAACUGUGGUUGUGGGGAAAGAUUGUUGGUGUUGAAAGCAAGUACAUUGAAGAACAAGGGGAGAAGAUUUUAUAGAUGUAGAAAUUGGGCAAGUAAUUCAAGUUGUAACUUCUUUGAAUGGGUAGAUGAAGAAGAUUUUGAAAUUGAAGGAAACUUACAAAGGAAGAGUGAAGAAGUUGAAGUGUGUAUUGAAAAUGUUGUGUUGGAUCUAAGGAAGAAGAGAGACAAGUUGAAGAAGAAAUUAGAGCAAGAGAGAAGAAAUAACAAAAUGAUGUUGGUCUUUUUUGUAUUGUCCUGGGCAUUAACAGUUAUGUUUUGUAUUAUGUUUGUCUUGAAGAUAAAUUGUAAUUAGUUAGGUAAUAUGUUGUGUUAUGGAUGUACUAUGCAAUUUAAAUUGAAUGAAAUGUGAAAGUUCAGUUGAAUUUUGCCCAGUUGAAUUUUUUUACUCGUUGCACUUCAUUGAUUUUAAAUUUACCUGGUGUUUUGAACCCGGUUCAGUACUAGAUCAUUGCUAGACAUGUUUAAAAUUGA